UGUAUUUAUUGGAAUCAUUCCGGGCGCGCGGGGCUGCUGCUGCCGCCGUUGGAAAGGGGAUUUAUGUAAACAGCUUGUGGCUUCCUCCCUCGCUAAGAGGAUUGGGAAACUAUCACUUUGUUUUGUUUUCUGACGCCUUGUCGGUGUAGUGUCCCUGCUGAAUAGCCCUGCAGUUUCCUUCUUCUAAAACUGAAAACCCGGAGAGGACAGGGGCCAAAAAGAGCUGGAAGAUGAGCACCGGAGCGGGCAUCGACUACAGCGUCUGGGAUCACAUCUAUGUGUCAGACGAUGAAGAUGUGACCAGUCCGUACGUCGACACGCCGAGCUUGUUCAGGAUGAGACAUCGGGUCCGGCUGGAGAGAAUGGCUGAGUUUCAGCACAGAGGGGAAGACCUGGAGAAUAACUUUGCAGAAUGCAAGAGGCUAUUAGAGGAAGCGCAGGGACGACUUAAAGAGCUGGAAGAAGGAAAGAGGGAGGGAGAGGAGGAUGAGGAGAGAGAGGCUGAGCUGAAGAAAGUCCAGGCCGAGGUGAGAAAACUGAAGAAGGAUGAAAAGUCGUUUGGGAAAAUGAUCGAAGAACACCGGCGAGAAGAAAAGAAACUGCCCUGGAAUGUUGACACUAUCAACAAAGAAGGUUUCAGCAAGAGUGUACUCAACAUCAAGCCUGUAACAAAGGAGGAAACAGAGGAGGAAAAGGUGGAGAAGCACAAGACCUUUGUGGAGAAGUAUGCGAAGGAAAUCAAACACUUUGGUAUGUUGCGGCGCUGGGACGACAGUCAGAAGUAUCUUUCAGACAACCCACAUCUGGUGUGCGAAGAGACGGCCAAUUGCCUUGUUGUCAUCUGUAUUGACUUUGAGAUAGAUGAGAAACAGGCACUGAUGGAGCAGGUGGCCCACCAGGCCAUCGUCAUGCAGUUCAUCUUGGAUUUGGCUCGGACGCUUAAGGUCGACCCAAGAGGCUGCUUCAGACAAUUCUUUUCAAAGAUCAAGACUGCAGACAAGCCCUACCAAGAUGCGUUCGACCAUGAGCUGGAGUUGCUGAAGGAGCGGGUCCGCAGCUGUGCGCAGAUUCGUAUGGAGAGCGCUAUGAAGGAGCUAGAGGAAGAAGAGAGGCUCAAGAGACGGGGCCCAGGUGGUUUAGACCCUAUAGAGGUCUACGAAUCACUGCCAAAGCUCAGCAGAAUGGACACCACCAGUCAGUCAGCAGUUCUCUUUGCAAGGAAAUACAGAAGAGCUUUGAUGAGAAGAACAUUCAAAUGCUACAGGAAGCUAUCAACAAACUGGACCCAGAGGAAGGAAAAUACCACCUGAGGAGGUGCAUUGACUCUGGACUGUGGGUCCCUGAAUCAGGAGAGGGUGAUGAUGGAAAAGAAGAGGAGGAAGAGAAUGAGGAAGAAGAUUAAUAAGAGAAGGAAGAACCUAAAUGAAUGGCAGAAAGCAGUGCGAUAAUGUUUCGGAUGGCAUCAGUCAAACUGAUACACCUGUUCUUUGCCUCCAUUUUGACCCACAUCAUCACUUUAAGUUAACAUUCCUUGUUAGUUGACAGUGAAUGUUGACAAGUCCGACAGUGUACAAACAAUGCUUCAUACAUCCAGUGUAAUGUACAUAUAUGCAUAUUUAAUAAGCAUAUGGAUUAAACCAUCAUGUGAUUUACUGGAUUAGCAGUGUUUAGAAAAAAGCACUUUUACUGUCUUCUUCAAGUUUAAGGUACUUUAUGCAACCAAGUAAACAAAAUAACUACAGAAUAAGAUAUUUUUUAGGCAUGCCUUGAUCAGUGUUUAUAUUGCAGACACUUGACCCUGAAUUAAUGUUAGAAUUAGAAAUGAGUCAACAUCACAGGUGCCACUGACAUCACCACUGAUGAUGGUUUUAUGAGAGUAACACAGCCACAGACUGGAAGAUCUGAUCCUGAGACAUUGGCUUACACCUCUGACAUAUUAAACUCAGAUACAUCUAGAAAAUUAUCCAAAUGUCAUUUUUUAUGUCCAUCUAGUCCAUCUAGUUACCUCACUUAUCAUUUGUGAUUGGUGAAUUUUAAGACCAUUAACUACGUAAUUUGUGAUCAAUCUCAGCUGAUAUCAGUUAGCCUUAAAUUGAGUGGAGCAUUCCCAAACAAAGUAUGCUCAGCAUUGAAAGUAGACUGUCCAGUGCAAUGGAAAGUUUGGUUUUUGCUGAGACUGUCAAAGGUAUAAAGUAACCUAUAGUAUUUUCUAUAACGAGACAAGGCUGAUAAGCCGGCAGGGCAAAUAUAUCAGCCGAUAUUUGCUUAUUGCAGAUACAGUAUAUACAGUAGGUAUCAGUGUAUAUGUCAGCCAAUAAGUAACAAGACAUGUUUGAGAUCAUUUAAAAGAAUAUCAGCUGAAAUAUCAUCAGGUUUUUGUAACUCUCAAAUAUCAAUGUUGGUCAACCUCAAAAAUCCAGUAUUGUAGUAGGAACUCCACGCAUCUCAGAGUAAACCUGUCAAGGUUCUGUAAAUCAGAUUUAAUUAUAAUCAGCCUAACCUAGCUUUGAAAAUUUGGGUAUUAAUUGAGUAAGGUUGCAAGUAAUGAUUAUUUUCAUCAUUGAUUAAACCGAUUAUUUUGUUGAUUAAUUGAUUAAGCUUUUAGUCUAUGAAAUGUCCCAUAAUUUUGCAGUGUUAUAAAACAGAAAAGCAGCAACAUUUUUGAGAAGCUGGAACCGGAGAAUGUUUGACAUUUCAGCAUGAAAAAUGACUGAAAGGACUAAUCGCAAAUCUUAAUAGUUGCUGAUUCAUCUUCUGCCGAUUGACUAAUCAGUUAGGCGAAGAAUUGUUUUCAUCAUUGUUGCUUUGUAAUGUAGGCGUUAUAUCACAUUAUGUAACAGGUUUUGUGAGUACUUGUCUAGGGGUAUUACAAGACUGUUUUAAAGUUGUGUUGUAGAAUAAAAUCAGGUAAAUCAGG